UGGCUGCCCGCCUGGGGGCAUUAGGACCCGGAGCUGCUGAGCGGAGGAGGCUGAAUCCCUCCUGCUGUCGUCCUCGCUGCCUCGGCAGCUUCAGUCCUCAGCUCCUUCAAUGGUGACUGGCUACCUCCCGCCCGGGCUGGCAGCCGCAGGGAGGAGGCCUCGCUAGGACCCUUCCCGGCGGCUCCAUGGCAUCGCCCAGGACUAUCACUAUCGUCGCGCUCUCGGUGGCCCUGGGGCUCUUCUUUGUCUUUAUGGGGACCAUCAAGCUGACCCCUCGGCUCAGCAGAGAUGCCUACAACGAGAUGAAACGAGCAUACAAAAGCUACGUGCGGGCCCUCCCCAUGCUAAAGAAGAUAGGAGUCAGCUCCAUCCUUCUCCGCAAGAGCAUUGGUGCCCUAGAAGUGGCGUGUGGCAUUGUCAUGACACUGGUGCCUGGUCGCCCCAAAGAUGUGGCCAACUUUCUCCUCCUCCUCCUUGUGCUGGCUGUGCUCUUUUUCCACCAGCUAGUGGGGGAUCCACUCAAGCGUUACGCCCAUGCCCUAGUCUUUGGGAUCCUGCUUACCUGUCGUCUGCUGAUUGCCCGCCAGCCUGAGGAGCAGCUGCCAGAAAAGAGGAUCCUGUCAGUGAACGGGGAUGAGCAGCCACUCAUCCAUGAAGCAGCUCCUGAGAAAGGCAAAAUGAAGGUAUCCUAGUUGAGUGCAUGUGAGAAAUACGGACCCUCAAGGCAGCUCUCCAAAAUCACCCAGAAAAUUUCUUUUUUAUUUACCUAUUUAUAUUUUUUGUCUGUCUAAAUAAAGUUGCACUUGAGGUCUGAGAGGCACA